AUGUGGAGAACAUGCUUCGAAUUCGUCUUGGACUUCAUCAAGCCCGUCUUCAUCACCUCUGUACAACAGGCCUUAACCCAGUACACUCUCCUGACCUUGAACGUGCAUUUGUUCUUUCAUGGGCUGGUAGCAUGUGCCACACUGUUCCAAAGAAGAAAAAGAAGAGCUGCUUGUUCUCGGCACCAAGGCCAGCUUGUAGUCAGAGGGACUCGUGAAAGUGCAUUUGCCCCAACCACGGAGAAGGAAUUGGCCAAGGCGCGUUUUUUCCUCAAAGACGUUGAUGGAGCCGAGGAACUGAAAUUCGUGUCCACUUCAGAGAAACUGGAGCCUGUCCACUAUGCCUCUGUUGCCACCCAGACAAAAGAUCUUGGUGCCACGAGCUCUCCAACACGUGCUGUUGCAACAUCAUCCGAUGUCAUUGGCACUGAGGCAGCAAUGCUCAACCUGGACGUGAACCCUUUUGUGCGCUACCCACUCAUCAUCAUGAACUGUGUUCUCUGGGUCCUUGGCCUCGUCCUUUUUGUUGGCGGCCUGUAUGCCUACAUAGGCACGUCAUUGCAGGCCAGUGUUCCUGAAUCCUCGGAAGCUGUUCUCAACAUCUACAGUCAGCUGGUGGUGCAUGUGGAGGUGACGGUGAUGCUGGUGGGCACGCUGCUGGUGUUGCUCUCCUUCUGCGGCUGCGUCGGGGCACUGCGCGAGAACACCUGCCUGCUGAAUGCCUACUCUUCGCUCAUCACUGCCCUGCUGCUGCUCAGCCUCAUCCUGGGCCUGCUGGUGUUCUCGCUGCCCGCGCAGCUGAAGCGCAUGCUCCGCAACACGUUGAGCACACACCUCGUCAUGCACUACCGGGACAGCCCCGACUUGCAGCACCUCAUCGACUCCAUUCAGGAGGACCUGCAGUGCUGCGGGCUGUCGCAGAGAAGUUUCCGGGACUGGAACGGCAACAUGUAUUUCAACUGCUCACGAACAAAUCCCAGCAGUGAGCGCUGCUCAGUACCUUACUCCUGCUGCAGGCGAAACAGCACUCUAGAGGUGGUGAAUUUGAGCUGUGGUCGGGGCGUGUUGAACAGGACCGACUAUGACGCAUGGUUCACCAUCUACACUGGCAACUGCGUCGAUGCAGCACAUCGAUAUAUGCGGGAAAACGUCACCAUCAUAACGGGAACUUGCCUGGUUUUUGUGAUCCUGCUCGCCUUUGUGCAAAUGGUCACACAGGCACUGGUCGACGAAAUAUUUAUCAUUCGGCGCAUUUAUGGGAAGGUAUAUGAUCGCCUUUAUGACUUGCACGCCAGUGCAGGAAACACGGAAACGCCAGUGCGGGAAACACGGAAUGACAUCUAAUAAACAUAUAUGAUUUUGUGCAUAAAGUUUUCAUUCGAUUU